GUCCUUGUCUGUUUGAGUUUAAAAGACAGUUUCAGCUGCCUGAGUUGCACUCUGGUGGGAGCUAUGAUGGCGAGAGCUGUGGUGCAAAUCACCCUCCUUGGGCUGCUGCUGGCUCUGGUUACCACACUGCCAAACAAGGACAACUGGGACAUCUACAGCUUUCACAUCAACUCCACAGUGAGCAGUCGUUAUGCAACCACUGUUAUCACGAGCCGCGUGGCCAAUCGAAUGGACGAGUCAAAGGAAAUAGAAUUCCAGGUCCGGAUUCCCAAGAACGCCUUCAUCAGUAAAUUCAGAAUGUUUAUAGAUGGCCAAGUGUACGAUGGUGUUGUGAAAGGUAAAGAGAAAGCUCAGCAGCAGUACACUGAGGCUGUGUCCCGAGGCCAAAGCGCUGGGAUUGUCAGUUCUGUAGGGAGGACCCUCGAGGAAUUUAAGACCUCCGUGAACGUGGCUGCUCACAAAAAGGUCACCUUUGAACUCACAUAUGAGGAACUGCUGAAACGCAGGCUCGGCAAGUACGAGCUGCAAAUCCACGCUCAACCCAUGCAGCCUGUCAAAGACUUCAAGGUUGAUGUGCAUAUUAAUGAGCAAGCCGGCAUCAAUUUCAUCGAGGUUAAAGGAGGACUAAGCACAAAAUCUCUGGCUAAUGCCAUCACCAAGACACACACAGACAAACAGGCGUGGGUGUAUUUCUACCCGACAGAGGAUCAACAGAAAACGUGUGACAGCUGUGGAGAGCAGGGUAUAAAUGGAGAUCUGGUUAUCACUUAUGAUGUCAACAGGGACACCUCACUGGGAGACAUCAAGACUUCAGAUGGGUACUUUGUUCAUCACUUUGCUCCAUCUAGUCUUACCCGCAUACCGAAAAAUGUAGUCUUCGUUAUUGAUCGUAGUGGCUCAAUGCACGGCAGAAAAAUACAACAGACCCGAAUAGCCUUACUCCACAUCUUGAACGACCUGGCAGAGGAGGACCACUUUGGUCUAAUUACUUUUGAUGACUCGAUUAUUCACUGGAAACGAGAACUUGUUCGGGCCAACAAGAAAAACCUGGACAGUGCCAAGGCUUUUGCACGGGAUAUUAGAGACAGAGGAGGCACAGACAUUAACAAAGCAGUGCUAGAAGGAGCACGUAUGCUGAAUGCACACCCAAGAGAAGGUUCUGCGUCUAUCCUUAUACUUCUCACUGAUGGAGACCCAACCUCAGGGGUGACAAAUAUUGAAAUAAUCCAGUCAAAUGUCAGAGGAGCUAUUGCAGACAAAUUCCCACUCUACUGUCUUGGAUUUGGUUUUGAUGUCAAUUUUGAGUUCCUUGAGAAGAUGUCACUGCAGAACAAUGGUGUGGCACGACGGAUUUAUGAAGACUCAGACGCUGAUUUACAGCUGAAGGGAUUCUAUGAAGAGGUGGCCACUCCCCUGUUGACAGAUGUGACAAUGAUCUAUUUAGGUGGGACUAAUCUCACCCAGACUAACUUCAGCCAGUAUUAUAACGGCUCUGAGAUCGUGGUGGCCGGUCAGAUCACUGACAACGACGUUGAUACCUUCACUCCACAAGUUGUGGCCAUUUCGGGGAGGAGAAGGCUAACGUUUUCUGAGACAAAUGCCACUGUGGAGUCCACUGGAACAGUGUCUGACAACCGCAUUCAGAGGGUUUGGGCCUACCUCACAGUCAAACAGCUUCUGGAAAAAGAGUUGCUUUUAUCUGGACCUGAGAAGGAGAACGUGAAGAAAGAGGCCUUGGAGCUGUCGCUGAAGUACAGCUUUGUGACCCCCCUCACAUCCAUGGUGGUCACCAAGCCUCAGGGGGAGACCACAGACGUGCUCCAUAAACCCAAGGAAGGUGAAACACCAGGGCUACCGGCCCCUCCUGUGGCGGCCUUGCCCGGGAUAUACGGCGCUUUUGCUCGUAAGGGACAAAAACCACCUGGUUUUGGUGGUGGCGGUGGUGAUGGUGCUGGUCUUGGUGCUGGUGUCUCCAUGGGACAACCAGCUCACGACUACGAUGAUUUACUCCUGUAUGAUGCAGUGUUACCAGAUUCAGGUGUGUCUUAUCGAAUGCCUGUAAAAGUUACCAGGGUCAUUGGAGCUACGCCAAGCCAUGGGUUUGUCGGCAGGAUUGUGCCAGAUAUGCCAGUUGAUGAUCUCCUAAUGGCUGCCACCACUGUGCCAGAAACAGAAGCUCCUGUUUCCCACAGGUUUUUGAUAAAACCUGAGAAUAUGUCGCUUCCACUGUGCUUUGAUGUCACUGGAGACACUCGCCUCAAACUAUUUCAUCAUCCCAACAAAGAGCUGUCUGUGAAUGGUGAGCUUGAUUCAGUGGUGUAUGGAGGCUUCAAACAGAUUGUCAUCCACGUCAAGGCUGACCUGCAAGUUGAGGUUGACGCCAAUGAAAUCACUGUACGAGAGGGACAGACAGUGACACGCCACACUGGACAGGAUCAUAUCACAGCUGGAAGUUUGACAGUGAUUAGGCAGGACAAGGAAAUAGAUGUUACAGCUGGAGACACACGAAUAGUCAUCUUAAUCCAUGUGAAGGAUGGUACAAAAUUCCUCUGGCCAGUUUUAAGACAGCAGCCAUCGGACAACAACACUGAAGGAAUUUUAGCUCUGAAGCCCGCAGUGUAUGAAGAGGUGCAACAAACUCCUUCAACAAAACUUAAGAUCAAAGACCAGGAGACUGACGUUACCAGGUCCAAUGCUGUUGACUACAGUAUCGACUCUCACCCGACACUGGACUGCUGGCUCAUGCCUGCUGAGUCUGCCCUGCAGAGACGCCUCGAUGAUUUCACUGUUGCACAACUUUAACUGGGAAAUAUGAUGAAUCACUUGGAAAGAUUUCAUUUAAAGGAAAAAUAAGGCAAAUGCUGAUGUUCUGUGGAAAAAUACUUUCCACUUGUUACUGACAUUAACAAUUAAAUAGUAUCCCAGAACUC